CAUGCAUGUCUACUUGCCCACUUGGGCAGUUGUUUACUCCGUCGAAGCUCAACUGCGGCAGCUGCUACGAAUCUUCUUACUACUAGCGAGCUAGUGCGUUGGGAUUGCGCUCCUCAUACUGAUAGCUCUAGUUUUCUAGCGUGCAUAUAACGGGGAUAUCCCCUUCACCAAAUCAUCACAAGCUAGCUAGACACUUGCAUCUGUGGAAGAUCGAUCAGUAGCUACCCAAACCAUUCUAGCCUCGCCUCCAACACCAACAAUUCCCCAUCAAGCUCCUGCUUCUCCUUCACACGCAUCUAGCAACCCAGCAGCAAGCAAUGAAGCAAAAGAUUGUCAUCCAGUUGAGCAUAUCAUGUGACAAGCGCCGGUCCAAAGCACUGACGCUAGCCGCCAGAGCAGCCGGGGUGACGUCCAUGGGGAUAACCGGCGACGCGAGGGACCAGCUGGAGGUGGUCGGCGACGGCGUCGACCCAGUGUGCCUCGUCAGCUGCCUCCGCAAGAAGCUCGGCCACGCCCAAAUCAUCAAGGUGGAGGAGGUGAAGAAGCCGGAGGAGAAGAAGGAGGAACCGAAGCCGGCCGUGCCCGUGCCUGGGAACCCGCCGCCGUGCUACUACCCGCCCAGCUACUACCACCACCAGUAUCAGGCGCCGCACAUGGUAGUCUGCGAAGAACAGCCCGGGAACUGCCGGACCAUGUAACUGCCAGAGAUCCAUUUUGACGUGCUAUGCGCGUGUUUAUUAAUUCAUCGAAGGAAAUGAAAAGAAAAAACGAGAGAUACUCUUAUCUAUAUUUACGAGCUCGCUUGGCUAAUUUCGAGUUUGAAAUCCAACUAUCCAAGCAAACGCUAUGUUUAUACUA